UUCAGAGUCUUCAAACCCAGCCAAGGGAGAGCCUCCUUUCUCACAGAAAUGGAAAUUGAACAUUGGAGCCACCAACAUCCCUUGGCCCUCGGCAGCUACGCAGCCGUCGAAGACGACGGCCCGACCUCGAGACCUGAAUCCGGAAAAUCGGAUCAAGAAGCGCCGCCCAAAUGUUAUGGCUGUGACCAAUCCAUCACAGGCCAAUUCUAUGCCUGCGAAAGCUGCAACUUCCACCUCCACAAGCCCUGCGCCGACCUCCCCUCCGAUCAGCUCCGGCACCCCUACCACCCUCCCCACGCCCUCACCCUCCGAGUCGCCUGGAGGCAGCACAACUGCACCUUCUGCCACUCCCCGAUCCUCGGCUUCAACUACUGCUGCGACAGCUGCAAGUUCUACCUCGACUCGCGAUGCGCUUCGGUGCAUUCCACUAUUAAGUACGAGGACCGCGGUCACCUGUACUUCCUCAGAGAGAAUGAGCCCAACACGAUCUUCCACUGCAAUAUGUGCAACGAUUACGGAGGGGACACUCACCUGUUUCAGUGCGUGGUCCCGUCCUGCUUCAAAUCAUUCCACUUCCAUUGCGCCCCUCUGCCGUUCCCAAAGGUGAUCAAGUCCGAGUGCCACUUCCACCCCGUGACUUACGUGAAGUCUUAUCUGCAACAUUGGCAUGAUGACCAGUACUGCGAUGCGUGCGAGAACCCGAGGAACCCCAAGCUCCCGGUAUACUACUGCGCCGAGUGCGACUUUGCUGCACAUAUUAGCUGCACAGUCAAAGAGGUUCUGCCGUCCAUUCUCGAAGAGUAUGAAAAGGAUGCUAAGGUCAGAGAAGACCUCACAAAAGAUGCGAGGCUGCAGAGGAUCGAUAGGAGGAUCUCGGAUGCCCGAUAUGAGGAAAAGCGCUUAGCUGCAGAACUGGAGAAGAUAGCAGCGAGGCUGGAGGUGCUACGGGAAAAUCGUGCGGAGUACAUCUCAUCCACUUCGCCCGAACUUGCUGAGAGCUCAACAUCAGCUCCGCCUUCAGCACAAUAGAGACGUUUUCUAGUGUGUGACACUAUCUGUAUACGGUUUGGUAGCAGAGCAAGACAAAUAUACUUGCCUUCUUGAUUAGUAUCUGAUCGUAAACUUUGGCCUCAAAUUGCAGCCAUACGCUGCUAUUUGUAUUCAAUAUUGAACAAUGGAAAACAACAACUCUCCAGUUAUCCAUUUCUCUCUUUCGAAAACAGAAUUCGAUCACCAAAUUGUAAGUCAAGUUUGUCGACUGUAAGGCGGUACCAUUCGCCCCGUGAAAGUAAUAAAGAGGCUUCUAGGCAGUGAUACUCGA